UCUUAGCCACACAGGAAGCUGAGCCGGCUCGGGGCCCAGCUCCAAGCAAGCACAGGCCCCCGGGACCCCUGGGGAGAGGCCCCGGCCGGGCCGGCCCUGCAGGGACCAUGGGAUCCAGAGCCCAAGGGGGUCCUCCUGCCAUGUUCGACUGGUUCUUCGAAGCGGCCUGCCCUGCCUCCCUGCAGGAGGAUCCCCCCAUCCUGUGGCAGUUCCCCCCAGACUUCAGGGACCAGGAAACCGUGCAGAUGGUGCCCACGUUCUGCUUCCCCUUCGAUGUGGAAAGGGAGCCCCCCAGCUCUGCAGUCCAGCAUUUCACCUUCACCCUCACGGACCUGGAGGGCAAACGUAGAUUUGGUUUCUGUCGCCUGAGAGCCGGUGCCCAGCGCUGCCUCUGCAUCCUCAGCCACUUACCUUGGUUUGAGGUGUUCUACAAGCUCUUGAACACAGUGGGAGACCUCCUAGCCCAGGACCAAGUCUCAGAAGCGGAGGAACUUCUCAAAAAUCUGCUGCAGCAGCCACUACCCGGGCCCCAGGCCUCCGUGGGGCUGGAGCUGGGCAGCGGAGUGACGAUUUCCACCGUGCACGGGAUCCGGCCUCCUGCCCCAGGGAACAGCAGGCCGCUUUCCUGUUUCGUCGCCCCCGACUCCGGCUGCCUGCCAUCCAUCCCUGAGAACAGGAACCUCACGGAGCUGGUGGUGGCGGUGACCGACGAGAAUAUCGUGGGGCUGUUCGCCGCGCUCCUGGCGGAGCGAAGAGUCCUGCUGAUCUCCAGCAAGCUCAGCACCCUGACAUCAUGCGUCCACGCGUCCUGCGCCCUUCUGUACCCCAUGCGCUGGGAGCACGUGCUGAUCCCCACGCUGCCCCCGCACCUGCUUGACUACUGCUGCGCGCCCAUGCCCUACCUCAUUGGAGUGCACGCCAGUCUCGCUGAGACAGUGCGCGACAAAGCCCUGGAGGACGUCGUGGUGUUGAACAUAGACUCCAACACCUUGGAGACGCCCUUCGACGACGUGCAGGCGCUGCCCCCAGACGUGGCCUCCCUACUGAAGCUGCGGCUCAGGAAGGCCGCGCUGGUCCCCGGAGAAGGGGUGUCCCGUCUCUUCCUCAAAGCCCAGGCCUUACUUUUCGGCGGUUACCGCGACGCGCUCGUCUGCAGUCAGGGCCAGCCAGUGACCUUCAGCGAGGAAGCCUUCCUGGCCCAGAAGCCUGGGGCGCCGCUGCAGGCCUUCCACCAGCGGGCUGUGCACCUGCAGCUGUUCAAACAGUUCAUAGAAGCCAGGCUGGAAAAACUCAACACAGGAGAGGGAUUCUCGGAUCAAUUCGAGCAGGAGAUCACUUUUUGCGGGGACUCCUCAGGCACCCUGCGCUCCUACCAGCUCUGGGCCGACAACCUAAAGAAAGGGGGCGGUGCCCUCCUGCAUUCGGUCAGAGCCAAGACCCAGCCGGCUGUCAGGAACAUGUACCGCUCGGCCAAGAGUGGUUUGAAGGGCAUGCAGAGCCUGCUGGCGUACAAGGACGGAGACUGUGGUCUGCUACGGGGGGGCUCCCUGAGGGCUCCGUCGCUCACCAGCCGCUCGGAUCGCCUGCAGCAACGCCUGCCUAUUACCCAGCACUUUGGACAGAAUCGGCCCCUUCGCCCCAAGAGACUCCAACUGGAAGAAAAACCUUCAGAGGCCCUAAGAGAGAGGACACCCCCUCUGAGCCCUGAGGAUGCCCAGAGCCCAUGGGCAGAGGACGCGCUGGACAGCAGCUUCUUGGGGUCCGGAGAAGAACUGGAUUUGUUGAGUGAGAUUCUGGACAGUCUGAGCGUGGGGUCUAAGAGCACAGGCAGCCUCAGGUCAAGCCAGAGCUUAGAGUGCUGUCACAGAGGGGACCUGGACAGCUGCUUCAGCCUGCCUGACAUCCCAGGGAGAGCAGAAUGGCAACAAGACGGUGCAAACCCAGAGCCCCAGCCCCUGUCCCUGCCUGCGGAUCUGUCGUUCCCGCCAGACACACAGUCUGCAGACACCAUGAGCGUCUCCGAGAGCCCCAGUCCCCAGCGGCUCUCACAGGUCGACCAAGAAACCCUCUCUCCAUCCCAACCUUCAAUAGCUCCUACAGACCCAAGCCGCCAAGGGGACCCUGGGCCCCGUCCUCUCACGGAGCCCCUAAUCCUUCAUCUCUCCCCUCCCCACAAGGCAGCUGAAGAAGAGUCUGGAGUCCAGGAGAGCGCCUGCUCCAGACUCUCCAUAGCACCCACCCAGCCCAGGCCUCCGGGAAGCCCCCAAUUUCUGGCCCCUAAAAAGCCCAACUUGGAUACUGCCUGGAUGUCUCAGUCCGAGCGUUCCUCGGACCCCAGUUCUCUAGAGAACCCCAGAGUCCAGCUUCCCAAGGUCGAGCUAGCUGAGGAUGCUCACCCCCAGCCCCACAAGGGGGUGGGGGCCUCCCAUUCCCCUGCCACACCCACCACCAGCUGGCAAGAGCCCCAGGUCAGAAGCCGGCCCAGAGUCGCUGACCUUAAGAAAUGUUUUGAGGGUUAGAGGUCAGGAAUCUGGGGAGAUCCCAGGCCCUCAAUAAAGCCACAAGAAAAAAAGUCAAAGCUGAGUUUUCCUGAUAAGCUUAUCUGGGGCUCUCCCUCUACUCAGAAACCCCCCAGUAUCCCCUCAAGUGUUGGGGGGCAAUCUCUACUUGGCUCCAAGGUGCAUUUAGAAGUUCCCUCCUUUCGGAACCAGCAGUUAGCGUAUGCCUAUGUUGCUGGACUCCCAUGUAGUCGACCGCAGUUCGAAUCCCAGACCUGGUGGCUUAAA